AUGAAGCUUUUGUGUGUCGCAAUUCUCUCGGGGAUUUUGAUGAACUUUAUUUGUGCCGCGUUAUCUUGUUCUCCCGAUGGACGGUCACCGCUUAAGCCUACAGAUAGAGUACGGAAGGCUGACUUCGUGAUCCAUGGAACCGUCAGGGCGAGCCCUCGUCAUAGACAUAAAAAGGACCACCUUGGUUUUUACAGCGCUCUCUUUGAAGUUCAUUGCAUCUUCAAAGGAGGAAAACUACCUAAAUUUGUCAAUGUGUCCCGGUUUGGAUUUGUCGGAGGCUUAUGUGCGCGAUCUAACGCUUACUUGAACAAGACUUACAUAGCUUUCAUUCGUAGAGAUAGCAACGAAUGGUCAAACAGCACUCGCUUUGUUACUCACUGGGUGAAUGCGCAACCCGCGACAAUUAACGUCAAACAUAAACCAUACAAAUCGGUGCUUAAGGACAUCGCGAAAAUUUUUAAAGAAAGUGCAACUUUGCCAGAAGGAGCAUCGAAAGACAGCUUGCCUGGAUGUCCAAAACUUUCGCUUUUUGUCGUUGGACGACCCUGCCAUCGAAAGUCAAAUAAACCGCACAAGAAAAGAAAGCAUAAAAAAUGUCACGUUUCUAGUUCACCUUCCACACAGUUCACUCACUCAACCAAUGGACUUACAAGCUCAAGAAAGACUUUGAUAUCAGCAAGGGUCUACUCAAAAGAAACUGUACUGUCCACAACGACAAGAAUGAAAGGGAAUGUAGAGUUUCCCCCACAAAGUCAUUCUUCGGCCUCUCGGACUACUGGCCUUUGUUGGUGUUUCGUGUUGAUUUUUCACGGUUUGGUGUUGGUGGUUGUUAAGUGGCACCAAACUUGA